CCGCAAUGGCUGCACGCCACCUCGGGGGCUCCGGAAGCCCGCGCGGCCGCCUGGGAGCCCCGGCCUGACCCCGUCCUCGGCCACGGCCCCUUACUACUGCUGACCACACAGCGGGCCGCGGCAGGUGAUGCGGCGACUGGGCAGCCGAGCCGCGCAGGUUGGUUACCUGCCUCAGGCAACCGCGCCUCCGAGCCGCCCACUCCCUCCCAGGGGCGCCAGGAGCCGGGACCCGAGGAGUAGGAAGGGCGUGCGAGGCAGCACGACACAGAGGGGCGGACAGGAAGGGGGAGAAGCGUCCGGCUCUCCGGAGGGGCUGGCAACAGGGAGGCGAGGACGCUGGCGACGCGACAGCGGGCGGCGAGGCGGUCAGGACGCUACCGUACCUUCCUCGCUCCCGGCCGAGGGUCCGACGAGAGCUAGCAGACCGCCUCACAUCCGGGUAUCGGGAGACACUCAGCUGCUUCUGCCGCCACCGCCGCCUCUCCCGCGGCGCAGCAACGCCAAACUUCCGGCGACGACGGCUACGCCUCGCCCGUCAGAUGGGAGUUACCUGGGACCGUCUUGGGCGCGCUUGCGCAACGCUCCUUUUCGGCCUGAACCGGCUCAGCUGACGUGCGCAGAAGAUGAAGAUGGCCGCCACGCUCGUUGCGUGUCACGCAGUUUUUCACCCCGGCCCGGACUGCUGGGCGUCGGGGAAAGACGAGCCAGCGUCGGACCGCAGCGCAGGCGCGGUGGGAGGCCUCGCGUGCGCGCACCGCGGGUGGGCGCCUCUCCGGCGAGCGGCAGACGCUUCCCUUUCCCCGCUCGUCUCUUGGAGUAAAGCCACCUACGCCCCCAGCGGUGGUGGUUUGUCUUGAAAAUCCGUCGCCACCGGUUCUUCUGUUGGUUGCAGGGGACACGGGUUCGAGCCCUGGUCCAGGAAAGAAGAUCCCACAUGCCGCAGAGCAACUAAGCCCGUGCGCCACAACUACGGAGCCUGCGCUCUAGAGCCCGUGAGCCACAACUACUGAGCCUGCGUGCCACAACUACUGAAGCCCACGCGCCUAGAGCCUGUGCGCCACAAGAGAAGCCACCGCAAUGAGAAGCCCGCGCACCACAACGAAGAGGAGCCCCCGCUCGCCACAACUAGAGAAAGCCCGCGCGCAGCAACAAAGACCCAACG